UGCUGGGUGUAGGGGGUCCCGGUCUGUACAGGUCUGCAGGAGCAGGGCUACAGACGGUCUCCGGUCGAGGUUUUCCCACAGGCCCAGGUUUGUGGAGGAUCCGCAGCAUGUUGCAGCUUCAGCUCGUGGUUCUGCUCGCUCUGCAGGUGUUUACCUGCGCUCAGGAGGACGGGCCCCUGGUGGGUGGGGCCCUGGUUGAUGUCAGCCUCCCGGAGCUCAGCGACGUCUGCACUGAGGGUAGCUGUUACCCGGCAACAGGAGACCUUCUGAUUGGCCGAGAUCAGCAGCUGUUGUCCACCUCCACUUGUGGUCUGAACCUACCUGAACCGUUCUGCAUUGUCAGCCACCUACAGGAGGAGAAGAAGUGCUUUCUGUGCGACUCGUCGGUGCCGUACAAUGAGCGGGCCAAUCAGACGAGCAGCCAUCGUAUCGAGAAUGUCGUCACCACGUUUGCUCCAAACAGACUGAAGACCUGGUGGCAGUCUGAGAAUGGGCUGGAGAAUGUCACCAUCCAGCUGAACCUGGAGGCAGAGUUUCACUUCACACACCUCAUCAUGACCUUCAAGACAUUUCGUCCUGCUGCCAUGGUGAUCGAGCGGUCGGCUGACUUUGGGAAGACGUGGCAGGUUUACCGUUACUUCGCCUACGACUGUGAGACGUCCUUCCCAUCGAUUUCCAAGGGUCCAAUGAGGAAGGUCGAUGAUGUCAUCUGUGACUCGCGUUACUCCGACAUCGAACCAUCUACUGAGGGAGAGGUCAUUUUUAGAGUUUUGGACCCGGCAUUCAGGAUCGACGACCCCUACAGCCCCAGAAUCCAGAACAUGCUGAAGAUCACCAACCUGCGGGUGAAGUUCACCAAGCUGCACACGCUCGGAGACAACCUGCUCGACUCUCGUAUGGAGAUCAAAGAGAAGUAUUACUACGCUGUCUACGACAUGGUGGUCCGAGGAAACUGCUUCUGCUACGGACACGCCUCCGAGUGUGCCCCCGUCGGGGGAGCCAGACAGGCCAGGGAGGGCAUGGUUCAUGGUCACUGCAUGUGUAACCACAACACUAAAGGUCUGAACUGUGAACGGUGUCAGGAUUUUUACCAUGACCUUCCCUGGAGACCAGCCGAGGGACGCAACACCAACGCCUGCAAGAAGUGUAACUGUAACCAGCACUCGGACUCAUGUCACUUCGACAUGGCCGUGUUCAUGGCUUCAGGAAACAUCAGUGGGGGAGUUUGUGAUGACUGCCAGCACAACACGACCGGACACAACUGUGAACAGUGUAAACCAUUUUAUUUCCAGCACCCAGAGAGAGACAUCAGAGACCCCAGCAUCUGUCAGCCCUGUAACUGUGACCCUCUGGGCUCUCUGAACGGAGGAACAUGUGACCGGAUGACGGACGUUCGAGCCGGGCUGAUCGCUGGUCAGUGUCGCUGUAAAAUCAACGUGGAGGGAGAACGCUGCGAGCGCUGCAGGCAGGCUCAUUACGGGCUGAGCGACGAGCCCGAAGGCUGCAAAGCGUGCACCUGUAGUCCUGUGGGGACACUUCCUGGAAGAAAUCCCUGCGACAGUGAAACAGGAAGUUGCUUCUGUAAACGUCUGGUGACCGGACGAGACUGUGACCAGUGUGUGUCUGAACACUGGGGUCUCAGCAAUGAUAUGGACGGCUGCAGACCAUGUGACUGUGACCUUGGAGGAGCCAUCAACAACCGGUGUGACCAGGUGAGCGGUCAGUGUGUCUGCAGGGAUCACAUGUUCGGUCGACGCUGCGAUCAGGUCGAGUCCGGUUUCUACUUCAUCGCUCUGGAUCACUACACAUACGAGGCCGAGGAUGCGAAGUUUGGCCCUGGAGUGACAGUGGUCCCCAGGCCACACCCUCGUGACCGCACUCCCACCUGGACAGGUAUCGGCCUGGUCAAUGUCCCCGAGGGGGCCUUCCUAGAGUUUUCUGUGGACAACGUCCCUCACUCCAUGGAGUAUGACAUCCUCAUCCGCUAUGAGCCUCAGCUGCCUGACCAAUGGGAAGAGGUCCUGAUGACCGUGAUGAGGCCUGGACCAAUCACAGCAGACAGCCGCUGUGUUAACACCGUUCCCGAUGACGACAACCAGAUGAUCUCACUUCACCCUGGCUCACGGUACGUGGUCCUUCCCAGACCAGUUUGCUUCGAAUCUGGUUUGAACUACACAGUUCGCCUGAGUCUGCCGCUCUACUCUGCCGUCAGCGAUGUCCAAUCUCCGUACACGCUCAUCGACUCGAUCGUACUGAUGCCUCACUGUAAGAGCCUGGAAAUCUUCUCAGCCUCAGAGGGAGGAGACUCCAGUGGGAACAGCGGCUGGGAAAUGUUCCAGCGUUAUCGUUGUCUGGAGAACAGCCAGAGUGUCGUCAAAACGCCGAUGACAGACAUCUGCAGAAACUUCAUCUUCAGCAUCUCCGCCAUGUUGCACCAGGGAGCCAAAGAAUGCCAGUGUGACCCUCAGGGCUCCCUAAGCACUGUGUGUGACCCCAGCGGGGGCCAGUGUCAGUGUCGCCCCAAUGUGGUUGGCAGGAACUGUGACCGAUGUGCUCCAGCUACGUUCCAGUUUGGACCCAACGGCUGCAGAGCCUGUGCAUGCGACCCUCAGGGUUCGCAGAAUCCAUUUUGUGAUCAGCUGACGGGGCAGUGCAAUUGUGUUUCGGGAGCGUAUGGUCGACAGUGUGACCGAUGUCUGCCGGGUCACUGGGGUUUCCCUGCCUGUCGACCAUGCUCCUGCAAUGGACACGCCGACGAUUGUGACCCCAGCAACGGGCGCUGCAUCGCCUGCAGGGACCACAGCACCGGACACAGCUGUGACAGGUGUCUGGAUGGUUACUAUGGCAACCCACUGUUGGGAUCAGGUGACCACUGUCGACCCUGCAUGUGUCCCGAUGGCCCCGGCAGUCUGCGGCAGUUCGCAGGAAGUUGCUACCGUGGCAAUGACUCCCAGCAGGCCAUCUGUGUCUGCAACAGCGGAUACAAAGGUAGCCGCUGUGACGAGUGCUCACCUGGUUACUAUGGAAACCCUGGGGAGGCAGGGGGGCAGUGUCAGCCCUGUCAGUGCAACAACAACAUUGACAUGUUUGACCCGGAGUCCUGCGACGCCCGAACCGGCGAGUGUAUGCGCUGCCUGCACCACAGCGAGGGCGCCGCCUGCCAGAGCUGCAAACUGGGUUACUAUGGCAAUGCCCUGCUGCAGGACUGCAGGAAGUGUGUGUGUAACCAGCUGGGCAGUGACCCCUCCAGCUGUCCAUCAUCCGGCAACUGUCACUGCGACCGCAGCAGCGGUCAGUGUCACUGCCUCCCAAACGUGAUGGGUCAACACUGUGACCGCUGUGCGCCCGACACCUGGAACAUGGCGAGCAAGCGCGGCUGUCAGACCUGCGACUGCAACCCCAAACACUCGUACGGGACGUCCUGCAACGAGGUCAGUGGCCAGUGUUCCUGUCAGCCAGGCUUUGGAGGAAGAACGUGCAGCGAGUGUAAAGAGCUGUUCUAUGGAGACCCAGAGGUCAAAUGUCAUGCAUGCGACUGCGACCCUCGUGGUGUUUCUCAGUUGCAGUGUAACAAAGUCAGCGGUCACUGCGUCUGUGUGGAAGGUGUGUCUGGGCCACGCUGUGAUGUCUGCGCCCGUGGAUUCUCAGGGACCUUCCCCGACUGCCACCGCUGUCACCAGUGCUUCGCUGAGUGGGACAACGUCAUCGGUCAGCUGACCAAUCAGACGCACCGCCUUGCCAACAAGGUCAACGCCAUCAAAGCCAGUGGAGUCAGCGGACCAUACAAGAAGUCCAUUGACAGCAUGGAGAGGAGCGCUGCAGAGAUCCGGGUCCUCCUGGACCAGAAUCCAGCCUCACAACCACUGACCGAUAUCCAGCACCUCCUGCAACAGGCCAGUGACCUGAUGGGGACCCUAAACCAGAUGUUGAACCUCACAGAACAGACUCUGGUCCAGGUGGAGGACCAGCACUCUGCUGCAGAAACUAAACUGGACUCUGUGACCUCGGAUGCUCAGAAACUGGAGCGGACGGUUCAGGAGCUGCUGGAUCAGGUCGAGUUCAUGAAGAACUCUGACAUCAGAGGGGCAACAGACAGCAUCACAAAGUACUUCCUGCAGUCUCAAGCAGCUGAGGCUCAAGCAAACGCCUCCACCUUCGAUGCCGGCAGCCCAGUGGAAACCUCCGCCACUCUACGGCGACUCACAGAGGACAGACUGAACCAAACCAGAGAGGAGUUCCUGAGGAGACAGACCGAGCAUGCUCAGAACCUGGAUGACCUGGCAGGGGAGCUGCAGAAUCUGGACCUCUCGGAGAUCAGCCACAAGAUCUGUGGCAGUCCCUCACCAGGCCAGGACUCAUGCUUGUCCUCUUCCUGUGGAGGUCUGGGCUGUGUGGACUCUGAGGGUCAAACCAGGUGUGGAGGUGAGGGCUGCGACGGCGUGGUGACAAAGGCCGACAGCGUCUGGAGGAAAGCUCAAGAGUCUGAACAGGAAAUCAUCGGCGCCAUGGAGGAAGUGGAGAAACUGUCCAAGAUGGUGUCAGAGGCCAAGCUGAAGGCAGACGAGGCCAAGCUGAGCGCUCAGGACGUCCUGAUGAAGGCCAACAGAACCAAGCAGAGAGUGGACCAGAGCAACGAGGAGCUGAGACACCUCAUCAGACAGAUCAGGGACUUCCUCACACAGGAUGCUGCAGACCUGGAGAGCAUCGAGCUGGUGGCUAACGAGGUCCUGGCCAUGCAGAUGCCGACCACACCAGCUCAGCUGCAAAACCUGACCGGCGAGAUCCGGCAGAAGGUGGGAGAACUAGGGCAUGUGGAGACCAUCCUGCAGCAGAGCGCCAACAACAUCCAGAGGGCCGAGAACCUGCUGGACCAGGCCCGCAGAGCCAGUGAGGAGGCAGCCGAUGUGAAGGACUCUGCAGAGAAGGUGAAGCGAGCUCUGGAAGAAGCCCAGAGAGCUCAGACGGCCGCCAGCAGCGCCAUCCAGCAGGCUGCCGCCAACAUCCAGAGCACCAGCGCCCUGCUGACCUCCGUGGAGUCGGAGACAGCAGAUGCGGAGCUUAAGCUGAGCAACACCUCCCAGAGGCUGCAGAGGCUCGAGCAGGGCGUAACACUGCUGAAGGUCAAAGCUCUGAACGUCACGCUGAGCACUGAACAGACCAAUCAGGACGUGGCGAGCAUCAGGAGGAUCACUGAGGAGGUGAAGAAGGACCUAGACUCGGACCUGAAGGAUAAGUACGCCACAGCGGAGCGGCUGAUUGGUCAGAAGGCAGGGGGGGUGGCCGAUGCCAAGAAGAGGGCAGAGUCAUUGCAGCAGGAGGCUAAAGAGCUUCUGCUGCAGGCCAGUGACAAGCUGCAGCUACUCAAAGAUCUGGAGAAGUCGUAUGAGGAGAACCAGCGGACUCUGGAGCGGAAGGCGGAGCAGCUGGUGGAGCUGGAGGCUGAGGUGAAGGAGCUGCUGCAGGAGAUCAGCCACAAGGUCACCGUCUACAGCACGUGUCUGUUCUAGGUUCACAGGUCACAUUCACUUUAAACUGAAUCUGUGAUGUCAAAUCUGACUCGCUGACUUUGUCUCAGCAGCCAAUCAGAAGCCAGAGCAGUUUCCUUUGUGUCGUGAAACAAUCAGAGAAGAAAAAGAACAAAAGCUAAUGGUUUUCAUCCCAAAAUAAGAUUCUUUUAAUGAAGCCAAAGACUUUUUCUUUUUAGAUGUAACCAUCUUCAGCUAAUUUCCAAACUGUACACAAAGAGCUGCAGUUUGAGGAAAUGAACAAAUGAAUAAAACAGUUUGAUCCUAUAAGAGUUGAGAAAUGUGUUCUCUCAAAAUAAGUUGGAAGCAGCUGAUUAAUGAAUUCAAUUGUCUUGCUUAUCAAAUGAUAACUUGAAGAGGACAUUUGUUAAACAUUAAAAUUCAGCUGCUUUAAACAUUUAAAAUUUUGAGUAGAAUGUCGUGAAUGUAAUAAAAUCAAAGCAACCAAUUGUUGAUGAUUUGAUUCUAGUUUAAUCAGAUGUUUAAUGUAGUUACAAAGUGAAUGUUUGAACCGUGUGACUGCAACAGCUUUAUUUUUUUAUGUGUGGUCAAAACUUUGAGCCCCAAAUGAUUUUUAAUAAAAACUUUCAUUUAAAAAUCGCACAGUUUGCUGCCUUUGACAGUCCACGACCCUGAGUACAACCCUGUAUUACAUCAUUUAAAAUUGUAUUAUUUUUAUGUUAGAGUGUAUGGUUUGUAAAGUCAUGUAUAAUCAGGUUAGACUACAGUGAAAACAGUACAACCUCUGUAGAACAAAAGCCAGUUUGCCUGUUACCGCUGCAGUAACAGUGACUGCACCUGUGACAAGCACCACAACCGUCUCAGGUUUGGUCUGGGU